GCGGUGCUGCACUCUCAUCCAAAUCUCACUCAUCAAGCGCUCAUCUUGAAGGGCAGAGAUGGCUUCCAAGUCUCUGCUUCUGUUUGGCGUCCUCCUGGCUUCCCUCCUCCUCGUCACCAAGGAUGUGGCUGCUGCUAGAAAUCACUUCGUCGAGGCUAAUGAAUCUGAGGGAAAGAACAUGAAGCUUAAUAGUGAGGCCAAGCUCAAUGAUGAGAAGGGGGCUCAUGGAUAUUACGGCGGUGGGUAUGGUGGUGGAUAUGGUGGAGGGUCUGGCGGUGGCUAUGGUGGCUACGUACCUGGACGUGGUUGGUACGGCGGCGGGUAUGGUUACCCUGGGUUUAGCGGUGGAUAUGGUGGUGGUGGUGGCGGCGGCGGGUAUGGCGGCGGCAGCGGCGGUGGAUAUGGAAGCGGUGGCGGUUAUGGUGGUGGAUAUGGCGGCGGCGAUGGUGGUAGGGGCGGUUAUUCUGGAGCUGGAUAUUAUGGUGGUGGAGGUGGUGGAUGGCACUAGAAGUUAUAAACAAGCAUUAUACUUCAACAAUAUUACCCGGUGAAUUUGCAUAAAAGAAUUACGGUAGCUCGCUUGCUUUAUGCACGGUUUCAUGUUAUCCCUUUGGUAUUAACUUUGUUUUGGUAUGAUAUUGUUGUACAUGUUGUAUUAUGCCAUAUAUGAUAUUGUUGUACAUGUUGUAUUAUGCCAUAUACACAUAUAUAUCAAAUAAAUUAUAGCCCAAUUACUUUCGAGAA